ACAAGGCUUCAAUGGAUCCAGUUGUAGCCUUGGUGCUGUGUUUCUCCUGUUUGCUUCUCCUCACAUUAUGGAGACAGAGAUCUGGGAGAGGGAAACUCCCACCAGGUCCCAUGCCUCUCCCAAUUCUUGGGAAUAUCCUGCAGAUAGAUAUUAAAAACAUCAGCAAGUCCUUAACCAAUUUGUCAAAAGUCUAUGGCCCUGUGUUCACUGUGUAUUUGGGUUUGAGACCCACUGUGGUGUUGCAUGGCUAUGAAGCUGUGAAGGAAGCCCUGAUUGAUCAUGGGGAAGUAUUUUCUGGAAGAGGCAGUUUCCCUGUGGGUGAUAGAGUUACUAAAGGACUUGGAAUCAUUUUCUCUACUGGAAGCAGAUGGAAAGUGAUGAGGCGCUUCUCAAUCAUGACUCUGCGGGAUUUUGGGAUGGGGAAGAGGAGCAUUGAGGACCGAGUUCAAGAGGAAGCCCGCUGCCUUAUGGAGGAGUUGAGGAAAACCGAGUCCUCACCCUGUGAUCCUACUUUUCUCCUGGGCUGUGCUCCCUGCAAUGUGAUCUGCUCCAUUAUUUUCAAUAAUCGCUUUAAUUAUAAAGAUCAGCAUUUUCUAAAGUUUAUGAGGAAAUUAGAUGAAAAUGUGCAGAUUCUGAGUUCCCCAUGGAUCCAGGUCUGCAACAAUUUUCCUGUUCUCUUUAAUAUUUUCUCAGGAAGUCAUAAAAAACUUUUUAAGAAUAUUACUGACUUGAAACAGUAUUUUAUGGAGAAAAUAAAAGAACAUCAAGAAUCCCUGGAUAUGAACAAUCCUCGGGACUUCAUCGACUGCUUCCUGAUUAAAAUGGAAGAGGAAAAGGGCAAUCCACAGACUGAAUUUACCACUGAAGCCUUAAUAAACACUGUUAAUGAUCUGUUUGGAGCUGGAACAGAGACAACAAGCACUACUCUGAGAUAUGGACUCAUGCUCCUUCUGAAGCACCCAGAGGUCACAGCUAAAAUCCAGGAAGAGAUUGACCGUGUGAUUGGCAGACACCGCAGCCCCUGCAUGCAGGACAAGAGCAGUAUGCCUUAUACAGAGGCUGUCCUGCAUGAGAUCCAGAGAUACAUUGACCUCCUGCCAACCAAUCUUCCCCAUGCAGUGACCUGUGACAUUAAAUUCAGAAACUAUUUAAUUCCCAAGGGUACAACCAUAAUGACAUCACUGACAUCUGUGCUGCAUGACAGCAAAGAAUUCCCCAAUCCAGAGAAGUUUGACCCUGGCCAUUUCCUGGAUAAGAGUGGCAAAUUCAAGAAGAGUGACUACUUCAUGCCUUUCUCGACAGGAAAACGGAUUUGUGCAGGAGAAGGUCUGGCCCGCAUGGAACUGUUUAUAUUCUUGACCACCAUUUUACAGAACUUUCGCCUGAAAUCUGUGGUUGACCCAAAGGAUCUUGAUACCACCCCAGUUUUCAAUGGAUUUGUCUCUGUGCCACCUGCAUACCGAAUCUGCUUCAUUCCUGUCUGAAGAAGUGCAGUCUGUCUGGCUGCUGCUGUGCUGUCAUCUGGAAAUCUUCUCUUUGGGGUUCUUCCUCCUCCUCCUCUACAGGCUUGUCUUCUCUGACCUGCUUCUCACCACUCUAUUUCUUUGAAUUUCAGUGAACAUCCAACCCCACUGGAGAGAGUUUCCUAAGUUUCCACAAAUGCAUGCUUCCUAUUCACAUACGGUAACACUUGCAUUAGCCACUCUAUAUUUUAACAGUCUUGUGAGUUUUUACUAUGGCAUCACUGUUAAACCAAUGAAAGCCUGGGGGUAAUCAUGUGAAGUGAAAUGAGUCAGGCAUAGCAAGAUCAAGCCACACGUUUCACUUUUAUGUGUAAUUUUAAAAAAAGUCACACUCUUAGUGAUAAGUAAUUGUUAUAAGAAUUUGGGAAGGGGUGACAAUGUGAGUGGAUGGGGAAAGAAGUUAGUUAAAUAAAGCGUGAUAAAGUGGUCCAUGCAUGUAAUCCCAUUGAUUGGGCAGUCUGAGGUGGAAUGAUUGCAAUGAUAGCCAGCCUCAGCAAUUUAGGUAGGUCCUAACAUCUAAGAGUGAUCCUGUCUUAAAAUUCUAUAUAACAAGUGCUGGAGAUGUGGCUCAGUGGUUAAACACCCUUGGUAUCAACAAAUCACUGGUAUCAACAAAACAAAACACAACCCCCCCCCAAAAAAAACCUUGGUGAUUGCAUUGAACAUACCUGCAGUAAUACAGUAGAAUCUAUCCAUGUCAUGAUCCUUGACAUAAAUAUAUCCAUAAUGUCCCUUUUAUCACGUAACUUAACACAUUCAUGGGUUAAUAGGUUUCAAGGUUUAAGAUAUAGGUGUUUUGGGAUAUGAAGUCAUUAUUCAGCAUAUGAAAUUAUUUUUAUAUCCUAUUACUAACAAGAUGAUUGAGAGAAGGCUUUAUUAAGUAUCUUGUUCAGGCUCACAAGGAGAUGAACCUCAGAGUCAUCUGGCUUUAGAAUAAAGGUUUCUAAUCAGUUUAUUUUAAUUAUUAUUGGGUUCAGUAUCUUUUUGUUUUAUAACUUUAUUGGCAGGUAGAUAGAUAGAUAGAUAGAUAGAAUGAGAAUCAAAGUGAUAGUGUAACCAUGGUCCACUUUGUGCUUUGAGUAUAAUCCUUGCUGCUCUGCCUCUGCAACUUAUUGUUGAAAUGGACAUGUUUCUUUCUCUUCUUCUCUCCCUGCUCCUUAAUCUCUCCCUUUCCCUAAUCUCAGGGGAAACAAGAGUUAUCUGUUCCUGGGUACACACCCACCAAAGGAAUAAAGUAAUCCAGACUUUGGGGAUGGUCCCAGAACAUCUCAGAAAUGACUGUCUCCCAAAUUAAAAAGUGAAUUACAACACCAACAGAGACCACAUGGAAUGUAGUCUUUGAGUCACCUCUUUAAAUGCUCCCAUGUCCUGUUGAUGGGCAGAAUCAACCACUGGGAUAGGAGUGCCCUGGGCUUCUUUUUUGGAUCACAAUGUAAUAAACCUUCUUUUUCCUUUUUCUCUAAA